CACAGCACAGAGAGCUGGAGUGUCCAGCCCUGGCCCCGUACCCUGCCUGGAAGCAUCGUCUGCUCGGCAUCUUCCUCCCUCCAGCCCCAGUCCGGUUAAUCUCUCCUCAUCUCCCGCGAAGAGCUGCCUUCUAACUUCGACGCCGGCGAAGGUCUGCUUGCACGUUGUGGGCAGGAUGGGGGUUACGGCAGCCCCUCUCUGCCCCGGGGGCAGCCAGCCCCCUCCUCCUCUUCCUCCCACUGCCGAGCCCCGCGCUGGAAUCCCUUUGGCACAGCCUCUUCACCAUGUCCUGCCAGCGGCGGAGAAACCUCAACCGAGUGCCUAAGCGAGACCGGCCCCAGCACCGCGGACAGAUCCCGGCGGAUUGGCCCCAGCACCACGGACAGAGCCCGGCUCCGGGCGGAACGAUCCCAGCUCCGGGCGGACCGGCCCCAGCUCCGCGGACAGAUCCCGGGGUGCCUCCGGGCUCCGCCGGCGGGAGGAAGGGAGGGAGCUCGGCGUCCGCUCCAGCCCCGCUCCGUGCCUUGGUGCCCCGGGCUCCUGCGUACUGCUGGCAGCCUGCUGCGGUAGCGGCACUCAGCUCUGCCGAGAAAUCUCCCCGCACGCACUGCCACCCACCUUGCUCGUGGUGCCAGAAGAGGGCUUGUAUCAGGGCUCAGAAUCUGUCUUCUGUGGAUUGGGAUUUAAGAGCUUGGACGGUGCCUGGUUACAGUGGUGUAUGAGUCUACAGACCCCGAGGUGCACUACAGAGUUAAAAAGAAACCUUGGAUCUGUCACGGUGUGAAGGGCUGAAAUAUACCCUAUACAACCAGCAAACCCAACCCAGGCCUUCCUGCCUCCCUGCUACCAACUUUACACACACACACCCAACCGUGAGAAUUCCUUCCUUUCCUCCUUCCUUCAGCGACUGUAGGAUGAGGCAUUUUCUUCUAUUUGGCUCAGGGUAAAAGCAUACCCCGGGGGCAUCAACACACAUCUGGCAGGGACUGAAAGGUUUUAAUCCCACCUCUACUGCAAUCAACAAUGGCAAAUGAACCAGUGAUUCUGAAUGUUUAUGACAUGUACUGGAUAAACGAAUACACCUCCACCUUGGGGAUUGGUGUCUUCCACUCUGGCAUCGAGAUCUACGGCAGAGAGUUUGCCUAUGGAGGGCAUCCCUACCCUUUCAGUGGGAUUUUCGAGAUCACACCUGGCAGUGCGGUAGAACUUGGCGAGACCUUUAAAUUCAAAGAAUCCAUUGCCUUGGGCACUACAGACUUCACAGAAGAGGAUGUGGAUAAGAUUAUGGAAGAGCUGGGCAAGGAAUACAAAGGAAAUGCAUACCACUUGAUGCACAAGAACUGUAAUCACUUUUCUUCUGCUCUGGCUGAGAUAUUAUGUGGGAAAGAGAUCCCCCGCUGGGUGAACCGCCUGGCCUACUUCAGCUCGUGCAUCCCCUUCCUCCAGAGCUGCCUCCCUAAGGAAUGGCUGACCCCAGCAGCCCUGCAGAGCCACAUCAGCCUUGGCCUCCACAAGGAGGAACAAGGGGACACAACGGAUGAGGAGUCCCCCUCCACCUCUGCAGCCCCCUCUGCCUCAGGCACAUCACGAACCUGUAGACAUACACGGGUCUAAACUGCCCAGUUUGCCCCCAAAUAACAUCCCUGCUCUCUUGUUCCAUUUAUUUCUCACACCCUUUCACACACACUGGUUUCUCUAUUCAACAGACAACACAGGACAAGACCUUUCCACUUCAGUCCCUUUUCCAAGGACUGCCACUACAGUUGCUUGGCAAAAUGACUGUGAACCUCAACACAGAACAGAGGAUUGUGGUGACUAAACUGUAUUCUCCUCCAGGGGCCUCCAUGAUCCUUGAUCUACAGAGAACUGCUGACUCUCUCAGGCAUGAGAGCAUAUGUAUGGGCAGAGUGCAUAUACUGUGAUGUUCCUUCUCUGGAAAUGUUUUAUCUUUUUAUCUUUCCCUCUACCCAUUUAAGCCCAGCAGUCUCUUCUCCAUUUUGGCUGGGUUUUCCUUUCCCCAAUGACAAAUCACCUGCCCAAACCAAGUGAAGGAACCAGAGCCAGAACUCAACCUUCUCAUCUCUUAGACCAGCAACAAACUCCACUCAGAUCCAUCCCUUUUGUAAUUAUCAGGUUUCUAACUCAUGUGAAGGACAAAUGAAAGGUGCUCCUGUUCUACAACCACCUGUUUUCAGUACUCAAAUUUAAGAGCUUAAAUGAUUGUCCUGCUCUUGAAAAUAAUAACAAAGAACCUAGAAAAUGAAUGUGUUACUCUGGCUUUUCUUUGGGGUCAUAAAGAGCAUGGGCUGUGGUGAUUAGAGGCAGCUACUAAGUAGAUGCAGAGAUGACUUGACCAUAUUGGUGCUUUUUGGCACAGAACCCUCUCAGUUUUCCUAAUCCUAGGCAGUGUUCCUGGUUUCCUUUCCCCCCCACCCCGCCCAGAUUCCCUUGGAAUCUCUCUCCUAGUUGACAUUUGCUGGCUGUAUCUGGGGAAAUGGCCUUCCUGAGCACAAGGAAGAGGAGAGUGAAUCUGUUUGGAAGGUCAGUAUUUCCUUCAGAUUUUCCUCCUGCAGUCACAGACAUAAAACAUGGCUUCAGAGCCAUCCUUCCCUGGCCUAUUUUCGAGCCAACCCAAGAAGGUAAAAAAAAAAUGAACACAAGGAAUGUCAACCUGUUCCUUUCUCCUCCCUUUUUGGAGGUGGAGGGAGAAACUUAGGGCCACAUCUGGAAAGCACAAAUGACCCUUCCGAUGCAUGGGCCACCAUGGUGCCUUCCGCUGUGUGCACUAUUUCAGUGGAAUCAAAAAUGGGCACAGCUGGUUCACUGGCCUCUCCAAGCUGGCUCCUGACAAGAAUCAGGUCCUUGGAUGCAUUUAUGCUAAUUCCGACAGCUGAUGAGAAAGCACAGAAUGAGGAAAGGACAAGUACACUAACUCUUCCACUCAAUUACCUCACUAGGAAUUCUAGUCAGAAGGUGUAGGAAAGAAUGAAAGGGGAAAUUCAGGUCCCCUCCCUCCCUUGCAACUUCUCUUGGCUACACAAAGGAGGAUGAAAAAGGAACAGGCUGUGUGCUGAGAGGGAGUUGCCAUUUUAGAAAUGGUGUUCUCAGCAGCUACUACCAAGUCAGGACUUCCACCCUGGACCCAGAGGUUACUACAAGCCCUUAAGAUGUUGGUUGUUUCCCUUUUUUUGGUCACAAAUGGAUGCAAAGUCCAAUCAGCUGUUUCUUUAGCUCAGGUAUACAGGAGUGUGUGCUUUCAGGGCUGAAAGUCUCAGCUAUGAUGUACAGCAUGUCUGCACAGACAACGUUUAAUGGUUUGUUAUAUGUGCAUGCCCUUAGUGAAGCAGAAGGCUCUGGAGAGACCUACUGGAUGGAAAUGUAACCCACAGGAUGGCCUUGCUCUAUUGCCUCCUGAAGUGAUACGUGUUCAGGCAACAAAAUCUUUACAACACGCCUCUCAUUGUCAUCCUCUGUACAAACUGCUGCAAGUUCUGUACUGAACUAAAGUCAUGUUCCUUAUUAACCUUGGCUACCCACAGCCAAUGUUGCAUUGUGAGCAAUUCUGCAGCUCCUGGUAACCAGUCCAAUACCAAUCUUGAUUAGUAUGGCUUGUCCAGGGAUGUUUAAUAUGAUUUCCGUCAUGAUCUCUAUGCCAAUGCCCAGAAACCAUAUUGCACAAUGUACUGUUUCACUCUGUAUUCCCCUGCAGUCAUGGUCAUUGCAGCCUAAACCAUUGCAACAUUGCAAGCUUCAUUUGUCUGAAGUUCCCAGGGUUUCUGCCAACAGCCAGCAGCACAUUAUGUGCAAUGAAUUUUAAAGGUCCUUCUCAGGGGGAAAGUGAGAAAAGGCUUUCCCAGACCAUGUGUCUAGGCCAGGGCAACUGCAAUCAGAAACACCUCGUUCCCUUUGCUGUGACAAAAGCCAGCCAGCCAUCACACUUGUGUUUCUGCUCUGCACCUUCAGAUGAAGCAUCAUGUAUACAUCUAGGAGAUGGGCUCCAGAGGCACAUUUCACACAGAAAACCCUCUCAGAGUACUUCACAAAGUAAAAAAUGCUUAACUGGAUGAAAACCUGGACAAGAAAACCACAUUUAGCCUACUUGGGAGUAUAAAUAUGUGCUGGAAAUAUUUGGAACAACAUUUGGGGCAAGCUGUGAAUGUCAUAAAACCCCCAGAUGUUUGUUUACCCACUUUUAUGUUUGUCUAUCUGUUUAUGACAGUAUGGGUCACAUCAAAGAGGAAUCAAACCUCUGCUGUAAAUCAAACCCAAAAUAUAUUCUAAUCUUCAAAACUACCCCUCUACCCCUCUCUGUUCAAGGUGACUGAUCAACCAAUAAUGAAAAGAACAAAAUGACACUGUGGAAAUAAAAUAUAUAUUGAUGAUGGCUUUACCUCUGUAAUUUAACAGCAUUUUAGAUUAUUAAACUUUAAGACAUUUUAAAAUGCUAA